UGACAAAUAACAGAGUUAGGUUAACUUUAGUUACAUACGAUUUAUUAUUACAUACGAUUUAUUAUUUGCUCUGGGAUCAGAGAUAUAUCUCUGUCUGGGAUUGUCUGUUCAAAUAAGCAGUUUUAAUCUAACUUUCAAUACAGUUAUAAGUUUUCUUGAAGGUGGAAGCAAGACAAAAGUUUGUCUCUGGUGGAAGUAAAAUUCUCAACUGAAGGAAAAAUUAGAUUGCAAAAAUGGAUAAAAUAGUUAAUAUUUAUAGGAGUUUGUGUCUGAUUCCUGCUUUAAUAGAAGCAAAACUUGACAGAAGUGGUAAAGUUGUGUAUAGCCUGUGGUCUCAUAGGAAUCUUGAAAAAAGUAAAACAACCAAAUUCUUGAAACAUAUUCUGUUGUAUCCAGAUUUGCAAAAAGAUCAGGAAUUUUCUCCUAUUGAUGUUUCAAAUGAGCUUUUAUCUUGUGUGUCUCCAUCUGAAAGAUUCAAGGCUGUCCUGAGAGAAAGUGAUGAGAAACAAUAUUUAGAAAUUUGGGAACAUCAGAAUCUCUAUCGGACAGUUGAUUUAAAUCUAUUGGAUCUUCAUGGAAAAGUUUAUUGCGAUGGUGAAUUUAAUUCAUUCCAUUGGUCCCCUAAUGAGAAAAAAUUGUUAUAUGUUGCUGAGAAGAAGGCUGCUGAUGCUAAACCCUUCUAUAAGAGAAAAGUUAAGGAAGAAGAAAGCAAAAAGAGUACGGCAAAUCCUGGUGAGGAGUAUAUCUUUCAGCAAGAUUGGGGUGAACAAAUGGUUGGAAAAAAGAAAUCGGUAAUAGCAGAAUAUGACGUUGAGAAUGAUACAGUGAGUAUUUUAGAAGGAAUUCCAGACAAUGUUUGCCCUGGGCAGGUGAAAUUUUCACCAUGUGGACAAUAUGUUAUUGGUGUGGGCUAUGAAACUCUGCCAAGGAAAUUAGGUCUGAUAUAUUGCACGAAUAGACCAACAAAACUUUUCAAGUUGAAGGAUGGAAAAUAUGAGAUUAUCUCCUCGGAUAAUGAAGCAUUACGAAAUCCAAUAUUCACUCCAGAUGGUAAAUCAAUCAUUUACUUUGCUAGAGAAGCUAAAGGUCCUCAUAUGGCUGGUGUGGAGUUGAUACAGAGAAAUCUAGAAUGUACAAAUUCAGCUGAUUCAAAUGCACGAAAAAUUAUUGUUCCCAUCGUGGAGGAGGAGAUGGAUAUUGAAAAUGAUGAAAAGUUUUUUGGAUUGUAUUACAUCAUUCUUAGUAAGAGGUGCUGGGGAAGUGAAAACAGAUUAAUUUUGUCGACUAAUCAGGAGAAUACUAUUGAAUCUUUUGUUAUAGAUUUAGAUAGUGGAAAAAUUACUAGACUGAAAAAUGAAUACGGUAGUUUGAUUGUACUGGAUGUUUACAAUGAUACAAUUCUCGCAAAUAGCCGAAACUUUUUGCACACGGAUGUGUUAGUAAUAGGUAAACUACCUCCGAAAGGUCAAGAGCAUUCCAUUGACUGGAUAGAAUUAACGUGUAGGAAGAAGUUGGAUACUUUAAAAAAUCAUAAAUAUGAAUACUUAAAACUCUGUCAAAACGUUGAAGAUAAAGUUAAAAAUUUUUCUGCGAUAUAUGUUGGACCGUCUUCUGGGGAUGAAAAAAGUAUUCCAUUAAUUGUUUAUCCUCAUGGUGGCCCUCAUUCGGCAUUCACCAAUAAUUUUUCUUUGGAUAUUUCGUUUUCUUUAUCUAAUGGUUUUGCAGUUCUUCUUAUAAACUACAGAGGUUCUAUUGGUGCUGGAAAUAAUAGUGUUCAGUCUCUUCUCGGGCGUAUUGGAGUAUCUGACGUUUCAGAUUGUGUUCUGGCUACCAAUGAAGCUCUCAAAAAAUACCCUUGGUUGGAUCCUUCUAAAAUGGUUCUAUGUGGAGGUUCCCAUGGUGGUUUUUUGGUGACCCAUCUUAGCGGACAAUAUCCAGAUAUGUUUAAAGCCGUCGUAGCUAGAAAUCCAGUGAUUGAUGUAGCUUCAAUGAGUAUUUUUUCUGAUAUACCCGACUGGUGCUACGUUGAAUGUGGUAAGGAAUAUACUCAAGUUGGACCUAUCGAUGAUGAAAUACUAUUGAAAAUGAGGAAUUGCUCUCCCUUAGUGCAUGCUCAUAAAGUUAAAGCACCUACUAUGCUCCAAGUGGGUAGCAAUGAUUUGAGAGUUCCUCCAGGACAAUCAUUGGAAUAUUAUCAUAGGCUGAAAGCUAACGGCGUCAAAGUAAUAAUGCACCUGUAUGAUGACAAUCAUCCCUUAGGACAAGUUAAAAACGAAAUGGAUAAUUUAAUCAAUACCAUUCUGUGGCUCAAUCAACAUAUAGAGAAUAAAAAUUAAAUCUAGUAAGAAAUACUUUCCAAAUGCCUUCCUUUCAUCAUAAAUAUCAAUAUACUCGAAAAAUUAAGAUUUUAUAGAUAAAAUUUCUUAUACUUACCGAACAAUAAAUUUUUACCUUAUUAA